AUGAAGUACAUCCACUCCGAGGAAGAGCUCCCCAUCCCUGAGGGCGUCAAGGUCAGCAUCAAGAACCGAAAUGUCGUUGUUGAGGGUCCCCGAGGCAAGCUGAGCAAGUCUCUCGGUCACUUGGCGGUCAGCUUCACACACCCCAAGAAGGAUCUGAUUAAGAUCGAGCUCCACCACGGCAUCCGCAAGAGUGUCGCCACUCUCCGCACCGUCCGCACACUCAUCAACAACUUGAUCAUCGGUGUCACCAAGGGUUACAAGUACAAGAUGCGAUACGUAUAUGCCCAUUUUCCCAUCAACGUCAACCUUGAGAAGAACAGCGAGUCCGGCUGCUGGGAGGUCGAGAUCAGGAACUUCAUCGGCGAGAAGCUCGUACGAAGGGUUAUCCUGAGGCCCGGUGUCGAGGUUGAGGCUUCCAAGAACGUCAAGGACCAGCUUGAGCUAUCCGGAAACUCACUCGAGGACGUCUCCCAGGGUGCCGCUGAUAUCCAACAAAUCUGCAAGGUCCGCAACAAGGAUAUCCGAAAGUUCUUGGACGGUCUGUACGUGUCGGAGCGCGGCAACAUUGUCGAGGACGCGUAA